CAAAACCUCUGAGGGUCCUAAGCUUUCAGCCUGAGUUCUGGGAUGCUGCUUUGACCCUCAACAGUAAUGUCUCAGUCCUGUGGCACUAUUUAGAAGUUUAGUCACCAGUUCAAACAAGAAGAGCAAUGGAUGACUGAGGAAGAAAUGUAAAGGAGGUGUUCCCCAGAAAAGACCUGGAAAUUUAUAAAUAGAGAAAGACAACAUGAAAGACUUGUGAGUUAAGUCUCAUCUUUCUCUGUGAAAACACAGCCAAUGAAAAACUCAGAAAACCUAUGAAACAGAAAAAUAUUUCCUUUGAGCACAGAAAUCAGUUCUUUAAGACUACACCUCUGUGUAUGGGACUGAGUGUAAAAGAGUUUGGAACGUAAUUUAUACUUAAAUAUGAGAGAAACUGUCUAAGAAAGAACCAUUAGGUAUAUAAUGAGGGUGCUAUAUUUCAUCCCAUUUUGUAAUCAUCUAAACUCAGGAUAACCAGUGUGAAAAAGUCAUUAUAAAUUCAACUUCAUUAUAUACCUGAGAAUUAAUUUUGGGGAGAAACUGUAUGAAUUCAGUGAUAUGGAAAAGCUUUCAUCCAUGUCACAUGUCAACAUAUACUAAGGAAUUCUUAUUGGAGAAAAUAUCUGUACAUGAUAAGAAUGUUGGAAAGCCUUCAGCCUGAAUCAGAUCUCCUUCAGCAUGAUCAAAUUCAUACUAGAGAGAAACUUUUUGAAUGUAAUGAAUGUGGAAAAACGUUUAGCCUGAAGCCAAACUUCAUAGAGCAUAGGAAAAUGCAUACUGCAGAGAAAUCACAUGAAUGUACUGAAUGUGGUAAAGUGUUCUCUCGGGUCUCAUCCCUUACUCUACAUUUGAGAAGUCAUACAGGAAAGAAACCAUAUAAAUGUAAUAAAUGUGGAAAAGCCUUCAGCCAGAAGGGAAACUUCCUUUCUCAUCAGAAACAUCACAUUGGAGAGAAACCUUAUGAAUGUGGGAAAGCUUCUAUUCAGAUGCCAAACCUCAUUAAACACCAGAGAAAUCAUACUGGAAACAAACCCUAUGCAUGUAAGGAAUGUGGGAAAGCGUUCAGUGGCAAAUCAUAUCUCACUGAGCAUGAGAAAAUUCAUACAGGAGAGAAACCCUUUGAAUGUAAUCAGUGUGGAAGAGCCUUCAGCCAGAAGCAAUACCUCAUUAAACAUCAGAAUAUCCAUAGUGGAAAGAAACCCUUUAAAUGUAAUGAGUGUGGAAAAGCCUUUAGCCAAAAGGAAAACCUCAUUAUCCAUCAAAGAAUACAUACUGGAGAGAAACCUUAUGAAUGUAAAGGAUGUGGGAAAGCUUUCAUUCAGAAGUCAAGCCUCAUUAGACACCAGAGAAGUCAUACAGGAGAGAAACCCUAUAUAUGUAAGGAAUGUGGAAAAGCGUUCAGUGGCAAAUCAAAUCUCACUGAGCAUGAGAAAAUUCAUAUUGGAGAGAAACCCUAUAAAUGUAAUGAAUGUGGAACAAUCUUUAGGCAGAAGCAAUACCUCAUUAAACAUCACAAUAUUCAUACAGGAGAAAAACCCUAUGAAUGUAAUAAAUGUGGAAAAGCCUUCUCUCGAAUUACAUCCCUUAUUGUACAUGUGAGAAUUCAUACAGGUGAUAAACCUUAUGAAUGUAAAAUAUGUGGGAAAGCCUUCUGUCAAAGCUCAUCUCUUACUGUGCAUAUGAGAAGCCAUACAGGGGAGAAGCCCUAUGGUUGUAAUGAAUGUGGGAAAGCUUUCUCUCAGUUCUCAACUCUUGCUCUACAUAUGAGAAUCCAUACUGGAGAAAAACCUUAUCAGUGUAGUGAAUGUGGGAAAGCUUUUAGCCAGAAGUCACAUCAUAUUAGACACCAGAGAAUUCAUACUCAUUAAAGCUCUAUGAAUGCCUUGAAUUUAGGAAAACUUUCAACAGAAUUCAUACUUAGUAGUAUAUCAGAAAAUUCAUUUUACAGUAAAGUGAUGUGAAUGUGGAAAAUCCUUCAGCAACAACUCAAACCUUAAAAUACUGAGAAUUUUAAUAAUAAGUAUCAUAGUAUCGUGAAAACCUAUAGCCACAGAACCCCCACAACAAACAUUGUUAAUGCUGUACUCUUAGGAACAUUCUCAUUGAAGUAAGGAUCCAGUCAUGGACAAUAAUCAACAUGGUUCUGGAAGGCCUACCUGAUGCGUUAAGACAAAGAUAUGAGAGGUAUAAAGAUUUGAAGUUGAGACAAAAUUGUCAUUUUUUCUUAUGUUUUGCUGCAUAUAUAAUCAUCAAAAUUAUUUCCUCUUGAUUCAGUCAUAGAAAAUAGAUCGUGACAGAAUAUUAUAUCCACAAACAUGCAUGUCUUUAUGGGGAAUUGGUAAUUGAGAGGGGUGGUAUCAGAAAUCAGUAGGGAAAUCAUGGAUGAUUUAAAAAAUGGUCUCAGGGUAAUUGACACUUCAUAUGGGAAAAUAUUAGAUCUUUGCUCUUGUCCUACAUUAAAAUAUUUAUUAUGAAAUCCAAAAGUAUUGAAUACUGGAAUCAAAAAGUAAAACUUAAACAUAAGAAUUUUAUGGGAGAAUGUUUUUAAAACCUUGGAUUAGGAAAAAUAUUCUAAAGUAUAUUCCAGAAUACCCACUCUUGAGUAUAUAUACAUAUACCCAAGAAACUGAUACAUGUACCCAGGGAGUCAUAUGAAUUAUAUUAGCAUGAAUUAUAUUAGCAAAAAAUUGGAAACAAAUGUCUGCUGCUUGUGCAAUGGAUGAGUAAAAUGUAGUAGAGGCACACAGUAGAAUAUUCUCUAGCAGUUGAGUAUAACAAAUUAUAUGUAUUAACAGAAAGAUGUGAAAAAUUAAGUAGAUUGAAGAAAAAUGAAGUGAUGAAUAUAUUAUGAUAACUUGUGUGGAUUAAUUAAAUCAACACUAACCAACACUAGUAUUAAGCAUUGGUUAUGUAUGAACAUUAUGUAAAACCAUGAAGAAUGGAUUGGAAUGAUAUACACUCUAUUCCCAAAAAUGGCUGCCGCUGGAAAGAAAGGCAGUAGAAAGGAAAUGGGACCAAGCAUGGAAGUUAAAGAAUGCUUUUUUGUAUCUAAAUAUCUAUCAUUAAAAAGAAAUAAAGAUUACAAGUAAAUAUAACA